AUGUCGGCUGAAGACACAUCUCCCGCGAUCGAUUCCGGCAUCGAUAACAUCGCCGAUAAGCUCGGGAAUUUGGAUGUCGACGAGCGCCCGAGAACCGAGGAGGAAUACGCUGCCGCGCAAUUGACUAUCCGCGCUGUCGUCACUUCCAAGGAAGCUGGAGUGAUCAUUGGCAAGGCGGGUCAAAAUGUCGCCGAUUUGCGCGACAAGACGGGUGUCCGCGCCGGAGUCAGCAAAGUUGUUCCUGGAGUUCACGACCGUGUCCUGACUAUCACUGGCGCCUUGUCCGCCAUCGCUGAUGCUUAUGGCUUGGUCGCCGACAGUCUGGUCAAGGGUGUGCCGCAAGUAGGAAUGGGCGGAAUUGUUGCCAACGCAAACACUCAUCCCAUUCGCUUGCUCAUCUCUCACAACCAGAUGGGUACCAUCAUCGGCCGUCAAGGUCUCAAGAUCAAGCACAUCCAGGACGCUUCGGGCGUGCGCAUGGUCGCUCAGAAGGAAAUGCUUCCGCAAUCCACUGAGCGCAUCGUCGAGGUCCAAGGUACCCCAGAAGGCGUACAGAAGGCCGUCUGGGAGAUUGGUAGAUGUCUGAUUGAUGAUGAGCAGCGCGGCUACGGCACUGUUCUCUACAGCCCUUCAGUCCGUGCUCAGGGUGGUGCUCCACCUGUUACCAACACCGCACCAGCUGGAGGUUUCAAUUCCGCACCACGCAGCUACAACCGAACUGGAAAUGGCGCAGACUUCACAGCCGGCGCGACAGCAUAUCCGCCGCGCCGUAGCGGUGCCCCUGACGCUGGAGCGCCUCCUGCCGUUGAGGAAGGUGAGGACAUCCAGACUCAGAACAUCAGCAUCCCAGCAGACAUGGUUGGCUGCAUCAUUGGACGUGGUGGCUCCAAGAUCAGUGAGAUCCGCAAGAGCUCAGGUGCCCGAAUUUCGAUCGCGAAAGCACCUCAUGACGAAUCUGGUGAGCGCAUGUUCACCAUCACCGGUGGUCCCAAUGCCAACGAAAAGGCGCUGUACCUGCUUUACGAGAACCUUGAGGCGGAGAAGAUGCGCCGCAGCCAGGGUCCCGACUCCAGCGCGUAG